AUGGCUCAGCACGGCUUCGCUCAGUUUGGCUCUGCCAACGCCGGCAACAUCGAUCCCAAUGAUCUCGCCAUGGGGAGCGCUCUUUCGCCCCCCUACCCCAAUGGUAACAACUUCCACGCCAGCUCGAAUCAGCCCAACGGCUUCUCCAGUGGCUCUGCCGUCUUUGGCGACGACGAGCUGCUGGAUGGACUGGCCAGCCCCGGUGACGGCCAACACCUCAACCAGGACUUUAGUAACAUGAACAUGGGCUUCUCCCAAUCAAACUUUACUCAUCGCGGUUCCCUCCAAAUUGAACCUGCCAACGGCUACUCCAGCACUCCGGACGGCGACCCUAUUCAAAGUCCCUAUAGUCAUGGAUUCAACAAUGCACAAUUCCGCCAGAUGGGCACCUCGCUGCAUUCCCCCAUGUCCUACAAUGGUUCCCCCCUCGCUGGAAACGACAUGGGCCCCGCCAGGGCCAGAAUGUCCCAAGAGAUGCAACGGAAGGCUUCCAACAACAGAACUCCCAUGACUCCUAAGACCAACAGCAUCCAUGGAAUUCCCAUCGGCUCUCAGGGCUCUCCCUCGUUCGGUCCCCAAUCCAUGCGCACCUCUGGCAGCCAUGACAAGUCCCCUGGCCACUGGCUGAAUACUCCGACUGGCAGCAUACCAGCCUCGUACAACUCGGGUUUCUCUUCACCCAUGCAGCAAGGGAUGGUGCCCAUUAAUGAGGUGAUGAUGAAAGGCGGCACUUCCAUGCCGGCCAAGCUCAGCGGUCCUCCUGGCGGUGCCGUAUCCUCGCAGGAGAUGAAACGUAAGCGCCGCCGCGAGUCUCAUAACCUCGUUGAACGCCGUCGCCGCGACAACAUCAAUGAGAGAAUUCAAGAUCUCAGCCGACUUGUUCCCUCGCAUCGUCUCGAAGACGAGAAGAUACGCAAGCUUAUCAACAACGGAACCCCUCUCUCACCGACUCUGACCGGCAUUUCCAACCCUUCUCAAGCCACAUCGGGUCUCGCUGGACCUGGUGCCAGAAGAGCCACUGGCAGUGCCGCUGGCAAUAUCACUACUGGACUCCCCAUCGAGGACAAGGACAAGGGCCCCAACAAGGGUGAUAUUCUCAACGGGGCAGUCAGCUGGACCCGCGAUCUGAUGUGGAUGCUACACCUUAAGCUUCAGCAGCACGAGCAUCUCAUGAACACAAUCACCGAGCUUGGUGGGCAGUUUCCCUUUGAGCUGACUGAUGACGAGAAACGCAUGCAGUCUGAGCUAGUAGAGGCCCUAACGCGCACCGAGAAUGAGAACCUCACUUACUCUCGCGGUGCUGGCUCUGGCCUUCGCGUGCCCGACCACACGGACUACCGCGGCGAGUCGCUCAACGGAUCCGCCCCCAGCCUCGACACCAUCGGCAUCACCCCCGAUUCCUCUGGCGUCAUGGGAGAAGCAGCUCAGUUCUGGCACGAAGAUCAUGAUGACGGCAGUGGCAACGUUCCACUCAACUUCAAGCAUGAAGAUGAGUACGACAUGGACCUGAACUAG